AUAUACAUAAUAUGAUGAGUCUAUAUCCACACAAUACUAUUGAAAUAAUCAAAUCAAACAAAUCAAUCUCUCCCUAACAAAUAUGGCAACCACAUUGCUCUCAACACUCUCAAGAAGGUUGGAAGGUAAGGUAGCUUUAAUUACAGGAGGAGCCAGUGGAAUAGGCCAAAGAAGUGCUGAAAUUUUUGCCCAACAUGGAGCCAAAUUAGUCAUAGCCGAUGUUCAAGACGAAUUAGGUCACUCCCUAUGCCAAUCCAUAUCAUCAGCUACACACAACGACAUCACUUACAUCCAUUGCGACGUAACAAACGAAUCCCAAGUCAAAGCUGCUGUGGAAAAAGCCCUAAACUCGUUUGGAAAGUUAGACAUAAUGUUCAACAACGCAGGCAUACUCGGUGACAACAAAUUUCAACUCAAGGAUAGCCACAAGGACGAUUUUGAGCGUGUGUUGCGCGUGAAUGUCACAGGCGUAUUCCUUGGCAUUAAACACGCAGCCGAAGCCAUGAUCUCAGCGACCAAUAAAGGAGUUAUUGGGGGGAGCAUUAUAUCAACAGCUAGUGUGAGCGGUAGCUUGGGUGGCACUGGCUCGUACGCCUACACUUGCUCGAAGCAUGCUGUGUUGGGACUUACGAGGAAUGCAGCUGUGGAAUUAGGGCAGUUUGGGAUAAGAGUCAAUUGUGUAUCGCCUUUCGUGGUUGCAACCCCAAUGGCUAAACAAUUUACUGGGGUCAGUGAGGAGGUGAUUGAGGGUGUGACUGGUGAGAUUGCUAAUUUAAAACAUGUGACACUUAAGGCUGAUGAUAUUGCUAAUGCAGCUUUGUUUUUGGGUAGUGAUGAGAGUAGGUAUGUGAGUGGACAUAAUCUUGUUGUUGAUGGUGGUAUGACUAUUGUUAAUCCUUCUUUUUCAGUCCUUCAACAACAAAAUUAAGUAAAGUUGAUUCAUUGUAUUAUUUAUUAUAUAGUACAAUUAUUGUGAUUCAAUAAAGCAUAUGGGAUAUAUGAUAUGCAACAUUUAUUAAAUAUAUUCGAGGUUGAUUGAUUG